CCAGCGCGCCGCUUCCACUUUCUCUCUCGUCUUGUCGCUGCUGGGACCGAGCCGCCAUGACUGGCAAGGGAAACGGAAUGCGGGGCUGCGUGGGGCUGGCGCUGCUGCUGCUCCUGGCCGGGGCUGAGCUUGGGCGAGCCCAGGACCUGGCCCCUGGCGAGGAGAUCCUGUCGCAGGUGGCGUUUGUCCAGCGCACCCGCCUGAACAGCAGCAGCAGCUCCGAGUUCAUGUUCGAGUUCGGGGACGACGAGAUCUUCCACGUCGACCUCCAGCAGAGGGAGACCAUCUGGCGCCUGCCCGAGUUCGGGGAGUUCACCAGCUUCCAGGCCGAGGGCGCGCAAGGCAACAUCGCCGUGCUCCGGUCCAACCUGGACAUCCUCAUGAAGCGCUCCAACGAGACCGCCGCCGCCAACGAGCCUCCAAAACUGAUGCUGUACCCGGAGAAGGCGGUGGAACUGGGGGAGCCCAACAUUUUGAUCUGCAUGGCCGACGACUUCUCUCCCCCCGUGCUGGACAUAUCCUGGUUCAGGAACGGCCAGCUGGUGACGGAGCGAGUACAGACCAUGGAUUACUACCCCAAGAAGGACAACGCCUUCCGCAGGUUCUCCUACCUGCCCUUCAUCCCGACCCUGCAGGACGACUAUUCCUGCCAAGUGAAACACUGGGGUCUAAAAGAGCCCCUGGCGAAGAUUUGGAAUGCCAACAUCCCAGAGCCCCUCCCGGAGACGACCGAGAACGUGGUGUGUGCCCUGGGCCUGGCCAUAGCUUUUGCUGGCAUUGUGAGUGGCACCAUCCUGAUGGUGAAGAGCAGGAGGAUGAAUGAGGCCAGCUACCGCCGGGGACACCUGUAAACCGGGGUUGGGGAAGACUUGACUCCUCACCGUGAGCUGCAUUCCCACCUGCGCUGCACGCUUUCCCUCUCGUGCUUUUCUGACACCCGCAAUGACUCCAGAGUAAACCAGGAGGGGUUGCCCAAGCUUCUUCUUGGCGGCGGGGGCAGGGGGAGGCCUUGAGCUUUUCCUGCCUCCCUCCUUGGGACUCCCGGAAGUGCAACAUUCCCAGAGGGUCCUGGGGCCCCUCAUCCUCCAAGUGUGGGUCUGGAGGGAAACGUGGGAGGGGGCUUUGGAGCGGGAGAACUCGGCGCGAGACCAGGGCCGUUUGCUGAAAUGCCCCUGGGAAGGAGAAGCCGGUUUCAAGGGGGCACCUGGUCCACUAGCUGAAAGUGGCACACUCCCUGGUGCCCACUUCCCCCGGGGGUCCUCCCCUCCCCUCCCGACUAGCUCUGCGGCUGUUUGGGACUGUCUGUCCUUGGGAAGGGAGGGCAGGCGACCCCUCAGCGUCUCUCCUCCAUGCCACUCCAUCUUGGUCUCUGUCCGAGAUGUCCCCCCCAGGCAACUCGAUUGCAUCUGCCUUUCUAGCUGCUGCCCCACGCCGCGAGCGCCCGACAUCCUAGCCGCCGCCUGCUUGCUCCUUGCUCGGCUUGCUCUUGUUGAUCCCUCGCUUUGCCUAGAUUCAGGGCUUGGCUCGCCUUCGCUGGAGGCCCGGACAGUGAUUUGCCAAGGCUGCCUGCAGAAUGCAUGAGUUUCUUUUCACGAGGGCCUCCCUCCUACAACCCUCCUCAAACUCUGAACUGCAAGAUCGGCCCCGGUCCUUGGAAAACACCUCGCUUCUCCCCAUCCCUUGAUCUCUGCACUGCUGGAGAACCGGAACGCCCCCAGGCUUUCUUGUGCCCUUCUUUCUAAUAAAAAUACUGCUCAACUGGA